UAACCAUUACACGGGAGCCUAUGGGAAGCGAUCUAAAGAAAAAUCAUGAAUUUUCUGGCCUUAAAUGCAACAAAUCGUGCAAUAUUCUCAUUCGCAGUUCACGCCAGAUGCUUUUCGAGUUCCAGCUCCCCCCAAAACAUGAUAGUUUUGAUAGGUGGAGGAACAGGCUUUAUUGGCACAGCACUGAGGAAGCAGCUGGAGGUCAAAGGUCACAAGGCUCUUCUCGUUUCACGUUCACCUGGAAAGGACAGGGUCACUUGGGAUGAGGUGAAGAAUAAUGGUUUACCACAGUGUGAUGCUGUUGUCAACCUCACAGGGGAAAACAUCUUGAAUCCGGCCAAAAGGUGGACUGAAGAUUUCAAGCAGGUUGUUUGGAAGAGCAGAGUAGAGACCACUGCGACUCUGGCCGAGGCCAUCUCCAAGGCCAGCAGUCCUCCAAGUGUCUUCGUAGGCAUGUCGGGUGUAGGUUACUAUCCAUCAUCAGCAACUGCUGAGUAUACAGAGGAGAGCAUGGUAGAGGACCAGGACUACCUGGGGAGACUAUGCGUGGAAUGGGAGAGGAGUAUGGGGCCGGUAGAUGGGAAGGAAGAUGGAGUCAGGAGAGCAGUAGUAAGGACAGCUGUGGUUCUCGGUAAGACUGGAGGUGCCAUGAGCCAGAUGAAGUGGCCAUUCUACUUUGGCGUUGGAGGCAUCAUCGGCUCCGGCCAGCAAUACUUCCCGUGGAUCCACAUCGACGACAUCGCAGGCAUCUUCGUGCAUGCCAUUGAGAACGAGAGCAUCAGCGGGGUGCUCAACGGGAUCGCCCCCAACCCCGUCACAAACCAUGGCUUCACCAAGGCCUUGGGCGCCGCCAUGUGGAGGCCGACCCUCUUCCCGUUGCCGGGGUUCGUUGUGAAGGGUAUAUUCGGAGACGAGAGGGCGGUGAUGCUUCUGGAGGGUCAGAAGGUGUUGCCGAAGCGGACUCUGGAGAGCGGGUUCAACUUCAGGUACCCGGACAUAAACUCGGCUCUCAAAGAGGUGGUCUCAUGAGGUUACGAUCAACUCGUCUUAUGAACCUUUCAAGAUUCUAUUAUUGAUCAAGCUCCCUCUUUUAUCUGUCAGAGACUGGUAAUGAAAUAGUAAGAGAUUGUUUUCUGAGCUGUGAGAAGUGGUACCAGUUCAGGUACUCGGACGUAAACUAUGCUUUCAUGAGGAUGAUCAACUUAUGUGCCUUUCAGGUGCUCUUGAUAACUCUCAUUCAUCAAGAACUAGCUGUUGUAUUGUAGUUUGUGAGAAUGGGUACCUGUUCAGGUAAUCAGAUUUAAAUUUUUCUCUUAAAGAGGUUGUUCACGAGUCUACAUUCAACUAUUUUUGUGUAACCCUUUAGUUUUUUGGCAGGGGGGGGGGGGAGGGUCUUGACCAGAGUUCCCCACUCUUUUACCAAAGGCCUGUUAUGGAUAUAGAAGAAAUUGUUUUCUAGGCUGUGAUAAUGAGUGCAGGUUCAGGUACUCGUGAUUGACUCAUUAUGAACCUUUCAGAUGCUCUUAAUUUUGUAAUUGUUCUCCAGGCUGUGAAGAGACAUUCUAAUCAUGACAUGAGCCACAUUAUGCAUAGAUCAUUAUUUUGCGUAUGUGUCACAAGUCUUAAAACUUUGUAGAUGAUACACAUCCCACCACCCCCACAUGCACAAAACAAACGGGUAAUAUGUGAUGUAGGAGAAUUACAACUUACAUUGCUAUCUUUGUAAGGGGUAGGGGAUGUUGAACCACAUUUUCAUUCUCGGUCAUAUGUGCUAUAUCUUUUUGUACCUGGUAUUCCUAAAGUGUGUGAAAAUGGCCCACAUUUAUCUCUAUAAAUAUGCCAUAUAUAUAUUGUUUACUUUUUUGUGUCUGUAUUAAUUAAAAGUGAUGAAAAUCAUACUUGUAAACAUGUGUUGUUUAGUUGUCUAUGUCCUACUUCUGCCCAUCAUAUUCAGGGAAAUCUUGUUGAAACUAAUUUCACGAGCCUAAGCAAUUUAUAUGGUAGAAGUGAAAUGAUUGAUGAAUACAUUGGGAUCUAGUAAUAAACCGAUUCAGACAAUAUCUGCCCAACAAACGUAGAAAAGAUGAGUUAGAAGCAAAGGAACAUAAGGAAAUUGACAUAUUGUCCCAAUUACAUGCUAAACACUUCAAUAGUCCCAAGCGUGCAAACUUUUUCCUUUUCUCCUUACAUUCAAACCAACUUGAUUGCAGACAGAGAAGUUCACAAAAUACUCUACAACAAUGAUUCUCUUUCAUACCACUUUAAUUUUAUUUACAAAUGUUUAUUUUGUACUCAUUUUCUUUUACAUUUUUCACACUAAAUUCUUGAUUUUAUCAAUGUGUACACAAUUAGUUUUACAUGUACAUGUAUUUAUAAAGCAAGUACUUCAAUAAUUCAA